AUGAGUGCUCGUACACCGUUCAUUCCUCAACGCACUACUUCGCGACCUGCUCCUGCCGAUCAGAGCAAGCCCUCUUCCAAUUCCGCUGCACACUCUGACGCAUUUCGUCCCAACGGUCUCCUUCACCCAUCUUCAGGUUCGCCUCCCAGUGCAGACGAUUCCGCCUACCAACAGAAACAGCCUGAUCCUCCCUCUCUCCUCAAUGGCAUAAACAAACCUCUCAAUCUCUCCGGACUAUCUAAGAAGAAGUCAUCCCAACCGCACAAAAAUACCAACUCCAUCAAGUCGGGCAAGCAUUUGGAUGAUUCUCAUACGCGUUCUCCUAAAGAUCAGCAAGCACUACGUGUCACGGUUCCGCGUCCUUCUUCUCCCUUCUUUCCCAAUUCUUCUGGCUUCAUUGCGACCAACUCUUUCCGAUCGACGUCUCUUGCCCAUACUCAGAAUACGCCUUCUCUUAUCUCAGGUGACGAUUUCAGCUCCAACAACGCGCAUAUAUCCACCUCUGCUAGUCCCGCUUCCGACGGUCCUCUUGCGGCAACCCAGGGCUCUGAUAGAAUUCAGUAUUCGCAGGCUUUUGACUCGUCUGCACUGAUGAGAGCUAGUGCACGUUCAUCCUCUCGCCCGUCGCUUGAGAAGAUACACGAGGUCGCCGAGGAAGAUUUACCUCUAGAAUCGUAUGAAGCAGCAACCCGCGAAGAUGAGAGGCGCGAGUUCUCUGUCCCCGCCGUAGAGGACCUUGACAAUUAUCCUGGCCGAUUUGCCACAAGCUCAGGCCGUGGCAACGAGGACGAUGCUCAGCAGACCUUGAGACGGACCAGCAAGCGCAUACAGCGACCCGAGGACCACGAAGAACUCGAAUAUGGAAAUGUGACCAAGAAAUAUAAGAUGGACACGGCUACGAAUGACUUCAAGGCGCCGCCAUAUUCCCGCAAUUCUCCUGCAGCGUCAUAUCUCCACGACCAGGGCGCAAUCACAGAACAUCAACGCCGCCGCUCCCAUUCCCAUGUCAAUAGCCAGUUCGAACCGCCUCAUGCCGAUCUAGUCGCAAGUCAGGCUCAACCCGAUAAACAACAGGUUGUACAGGGACUGGCGCUGCAUCGCCUUCUGGGACAAGAUUUGGACAUUUAUGUGGAGGCGCAUGUCGAGGCGUACGAACAGGCGAAGAAGAAGUGGUCCGAAUGCUCGAUGGACGAAUGGAAGACUGGGGCUGAUGAGCUGGCAAGCAAGUUCACGGAGAUGCUGGAUUUUGUGAAAGCGCACAUGAUCUCGAAACUCGCUUUGUACGCUUCGCUCCAGUCCACCGUCUCUGCCCACCGCGACGUGCUCUCAGAGCGCGAGAAAGUACUCAAGGAGGCUCGGGAAAGCCUGGUUCGGGAAGGCGGUCUUGCCUACGUUCGCCGAGGAAAGCGAGAGAGUGAGCCAGAACUCAUUACCAUCAAGUCUGUUAUCAGUAUGCUACGUGAUCCGCGUGACUUCGUACAGUACAAAAUAUGCCCUCUUGAACUUCGCCAUCUCCUCCGCCGUAGGCUGCACACUGCUAGUGCCCCCUCCGCACCCUUGCGGACCGCCGUUCAUCCACUGAUAAUUCCCGCACAUGUACGCGAUACUCGUGUCCAUGCCAUAAAUGUCCUCGCUCCCAGGAGGAGACUCCGUCGGUAG